GUAAUGAACACCGGCAGAUGUGGAUACACAGAGUCACUCUGAAGGACUUGCUGCCAAACACUGCAUACUUUUACCACUGUGGAAGUCCCCUUGGCUGGUCUGAGAUUUUUAUGUUCAAGACUUGGAAAAAUGGCACUGACUGGCCCAUCUCAGUUGUCAUGUAUGGGGACAUGGGAGCUAUCAAUGCGCAAUCACUUUCUAGACUGCAAGAGGAGACACAGAUGGGAAUGUAUGAUGCUGUGAUUCAUGUUGGAGAUUUUGCUUAUGACAUGGAUUCUGACAAUGCCCGUGUUGGUGACGAGUUCAUGCGACAGAUUCAACCAAUUGCUGCCUACGUCCCUUAUAUAACCUGCCCGGGUAACCAUGAACAAAAAUACAAUUUCAGCAACUACCGAUCAAGGUUCAGCAUGCCCAAUUAUGAGGAUACAGAGAGUUUGUUCUUCAGCUGGGACAUGGGACAAGUGCAUUUUAUUGCCAUUAAUACUGAGGCUUACUACUUCCUUGAAUAUGGAUUGAAGCCUCUCUCUCGACAGUAUGAAUGGCUCAUCAAAGACCUGGAGGAGGCAACUAAACCUGAAGUCCGUGCAACACGUCCCUGGAUCAUAGUGUUUGGUCACCGUCCUAUGUACUGCUCUAACAAUGAUCAUGAUGACUGUACCAAAGUGAAUUGCCUCACUCGUGUUGGCCUGCCACUUGUGCACACGUAUGCAAUGGAGGAAAUUCUUGAUAAAUAUGGUGUAGACUUGGCAGUCUGGGCACAUGAGCACUCUUAUGAGAGGUUAUGGCCAAUUUUCAACUAUACUGUCUUGAAUGGAUCACUAUCUGAACCUUACACUAAUGCCAGGGCACCAGUACACUUCACAACAGGAUCAGCAGGCUGUGAUGAGAUCCAUGACCACUUCAUGCCAGAUCAGCCUGAGUGGUCAGCCUUCCGUGCCAUUGAUUAUGGCUACACCCGCCUCAAGGUUUUCAACACUACUCAUCUCUAUUGGGAGCAGGUGUCUGAUGAUCAGAAUGGGAAAAUAAUCGACAGUGUGUGGUUGGUGAGAGAGAGGCACGAGUCAUAUAAGAAGAUUCGAGAAGAGGAUAUUUAGACAUCACAUUAGCUCUUGCUUUGCUUGUUGAUGAUCAAGUAGUCACCUGAUGGCUGUCAUAUCUAGUUGCCUUGUUCAUGACUCCAUUGUCAAAGAUUGGUUUUCUGUUAUGUUCUGUAUGAAAAACAUACAAUUAUGAACAUGUACUCUCCUUCAUCUAUUACAUUCCCACUGUCUUCAUAAGUUGAGAUCCAGGUAUCAUAACUCCUCCCUCUCUCCUAAGUAGCAAUUAUGUAAGAGCUUGCAAUUCAUUGUUAAAUUUUAAAUCUAACUGAAUGUUUCUUAAUUAUACAGUUGUCUUCAAUAUUGAAAUGAUUCAAUCUAUGAUACAGUAUUUGCAAAUAGCACCUUUGGUUAAUUUUUGUUAUAUAUUAUUGUCAUAAAAAUUAUUAAGAUUUUUAUAUAUCAUCAGAUGAAGAGUUAUUGUCAAUACUUUGCAUAGCUGUCUUCAAAACUAUAUUUAUAAAAAAAUUGCUACAUAUGAAAUUCAUUAAUUCUAUUCAGAUACAGUUCUUUUUAUAGUAACAUUCCAUGUUGGUUAAAUAUGAGCUUGAUAUAAAAUGUAUCAGUCUUGAUUAUGAGUGCCUUUGUGUGAUGCUGGAAAUAUGAGCUGCAGUGUUUGUUUGCCAAUGACCAUAAUGGUAUACUUUUAUCAAGGAAUUUGUAAGGCUAAUUCAAAUAUUAUAUUUAAUAAUAAUAAUAAUUUUUAUUUAGGCAAAGGUACAUACAUAAGGAGAUUUUACAAAGUUUGUUGGCUUUAUAGAUAGAGCUAGUACAUACAAUGCCUAAAGCCACUAUUACGCAAAGCGUUUUGGGUUUCGGGCAUUUGUAGUUAAAGUGAGUAGUGUAGCAGCUGCAGCUGAUGGUUGUGACUGGUGUUCGUUUUGUCUACACUACAAAGUAGUAAGACAUGAGUACCUCUUGUUUUUAAUAAAACUUCUUUGGGUUUUAAGUUUUAAAUAUAAAAAUUUUCAGUUGUUCUUCCUUACCAUCUUCUCUUUCUUCCCUUCUUUUCCAUCCCUAAAUCUUUCAUCAUUUUAUUUUUAACUUAUGACUACUGUAUCUUUUGAAAAAAAUUUACCUCCUCAGUUCUCUUCCUUAUUUCUGUUUACUAAAUUUAAGCAAAGUUUUGCUUUAAUUUUUAAACUUGUAUGUAUUUUUAGCAUUAAGCCAGUAUUUAAUUUGUAAACAUUCUUUGUACUCCAACAAUGUAUGAUUAUAUUACAUUGUACUGCACAUUACUGCCUAAUUAUAAAUGAAUAUGUGCAUGUCAAAUAUACAGUACAGUACUUUCAAUACCAAAUAUUAACAUUGAUUUGUAAAUAUUAAAAUUAAUAUUUCAAUCACGGGCAGGAAGGAAAACUACAAAAUAAAUACAUUUUACAGUUUCUUUUACUAUAUUAUCGUGCACACCAUCUCUCACGCUGACAGUUUCCAUUACGUUUAAAGUUCCAUUAAAUUUGUUUUCCAAUAGGCUUGUAGCUAAGAUUUUUGCAUUUGUUUAAAGCUUCUUAAUAAAAGAAGAGGGCAGGAUGUGUUACAGGAAUACACUGUACAGUGUAUUCCUGUGCAGUGCAUUGGUUGGUUGUGUGGUGUUGGUGGUUUGUGUGGUGUUGGUGGGUUGUGUGGUGUUGGUGGGUUGUGUGGUGUUGGUGGGUUGUGUGGUGUUGGUGGUUUGUGUGGUGUUGUGUGGUGUUGGUGGGUU